CAAAAAGCAAGGAGGCUUUUUUUCGGGGGAAUCUAUGUUGGAUAAAAAUAGGAUAUAACAGUUACCCGAGUCGGUUCUGUAUUGUUUAUAUUCUGGGGUUGGAGAAUACAUCUUUUAGUACGUCUUGUUCGCCUCCUAUCUUUUUUUUUCCCUCUUCUUCAUCCAACUUUGUCAACCAUUCAGCACACACCAUGAGAUUGUCUUUUAUUGCUUUUGGUGCUCUCACUUUGUUCUCCGCCUCUCGCUCGUUCGUCGGAGCUGAUCAACUUCAGGAUGAAAUUGAUGCUGCGACAAAAAGGUUCUGCGGCGGUAUUGACCUGGCCGGUCCUACCCAAGGGCAAGUGUUUGGCAACCCUCAACAAGUUUCCGUGACCGUCACACGAGUGGAAAACGCUGAAGCCAAAGUGGUGAAUGGUGUCGAUAUUUUUGCCAUUGACGAAAAUGGAAAUCCUCGAUACCUCGGCACGCCUUGGAAGGGCAACUAUGAACUGAAAACUCAAGCUACACUAAAUGUCGACAUCACCAAAGCCCCAGGUGUGAACCUUCCUUCCCAGUUUGAAUUCAGAGUCUGGGUUCAUAACCAAGCUGGUCCCGAUUGUACGCUGAGAUCCAAGGUGUUCAAAGUAACUUCCGGCACGCAUACGAAUGAAGAAAUGACUCAGUUGAAUAACAUGGACAGCAAUAUUGACCGAGGCUGCUUUGGUAUCGAAAUUACAAAACCGGCCUUGGGAGAACAUGUUCAGAGAAACCAAAUGUUCCCCGUCCAAGUCAAGCGCGACCCGUCCUCUCACGUAGAAACCUACAAUAACUUGGAUCUGUACCGAAUCGAUCUUGAAACUCGCCAACCUACCAAGAUUCAAAACUCGUGGCAAGGCAAGGAAACCGUGCAGCACAUGUUUAACGUCAAGGACAAACUCCAUUCGGCUCCUGGUGACAAAGCCAAAGGAAAAGGGUUUGCUUAUUACUACAAACUGGAAGGUGUUACACAGCAUACCGAACCAUGCGAAUUCUACUCGCAUCCCUUCUACAUUGAUUAGUGUGACGCUUGCCUCAUGACUCAUGGUGUUGGUACUUGACGUCUGACGUGUAUGCCGUUUUAUGCCAUUUUUUUUUUGUUAUUACUACGUUUUUAUUAUUAUUAUCGCCGUUGUCUUUUUACUUUUCUUCCCUUAUCCAAAUUGGCCCAUGAGAUCAUCUCGAUCGCUUGUAGGUGGUAUACCAUAUAAAAAAAAAUUAAAACCAUGUCAACAAUAGAGCUUUGCGCAACAGAUUCAAAAUC